ACCGCGUCACAACGGUCACCAGAGGUGCAACAGGCCGUCGUUCGUACGGAAACGCUGAUUUCACGCGACAUACGAGGCAGCAGGCGAACUCGUUUCACGUUAGAGGUCAUCUUUCUCCUAGAUUAGCAUCUCAAACUCCGCCCAGUGGCGAGAUAUCCUGUGUAGCGGUCAAAUCAAGCGGCCGUUGUUCGGGCUUCGGUUGUCGUUGCCAUACGCGACUCGCCUCUGGGCGUUCGACGGUUGUUUAGCGACUUCCCAAGUUGUCGACCUCGACGCGCACGCGCGAGAGUCGCGGCGCCAGCGACCGUCCAAGCGUAAGUCGCAUCAAUGAACAAGCGGGCAGCAGCAGGAGUAGGAGCGGAGGACGACGGGACCAACAUGCUGGGCGCCGUGACUAGCGCGCGCGAGUACGAGCUGGUGCGUCGCACUAACGGCUACGGCUUCACGUUGUCGGGCGAAUUUCCGUCGGUGGUGACGAGCAUACUGCCGCUCAGCUCGGCCGACGAGAAUGGCCUACAGCCAGGGAUGCUCGUUUUGGAAGUCGACGGCAUCGACGUGUCGCGUGCGAGACACGAGGACGUCGUCGGUUUGGUCGCCGGCAGCAGAGACACGGUGCGUCUACUCUGCACGGUGUGCAACCUCGACGUCGACGACAGCUUGGCCAAUCGAAGGAGUGCGAGCGCAGGUAUAAUGAACGAACAGGCGGCGAUUGCGCGGAGAAUGAGUCUGCCGAGCAGCGACGAGUCGUUGCCGCUCAAUCAGGCGAUGAAUGGACAAUUCGUACCGGCUGACAACGCCGACGGUCAAUACAAAGUGAAAAAACAGAGAAAGUCUCUCAUGUUGGCUCUCGCUGCAGGACGCGAAGAGGCGCAUGUAAGAACGAGGGAAGCACUAGGGGAUAGGAAUGCGGUGGGACUGUCACCAAGGGAUGAAUCCGAGAGAGAUUCCCAUCAGGAUUCGGGCCUCAGGUUAGGCUACUCGGUAGUUCGGUUUCCCGUCGCGUAUUUUGGAUCGGUACAAGUCACGGCUACCUCCAAGGUGACGCAACAGGGCCGCGUUGAUACUAUCAGACGGUGUGUUGCAAGGGUACAGGCUGAAGGGAGGUGUGCACCAGUGACGUUGGAAGCCACAAGCACAAGCAUCAGUCUCAUUAAUACUCACGGUCGAGUACUGAUCGAGAUACCGGCGCACCAGUUGGCUUACAGCUGCAUCUGUAUCGAUGACACUCGAUUUUUUGCGAUUGUCACUCGUAGACUGAGACGACACGAGAAACAUUUGUCCACACAGAAGCAUCCGUUGUGUCACGUGUUUAUGGUUAACGGAUCCAGGAGAUACACUUCGCAGGACAGUCUUAAUCAAUCCGCACAGGAAACGUCGCACAUCUUGAAGUCGAUUGCGGAUGUAUUGAAGACUUCAAAACGUCAGAAGGGUGUUCAACUAAGUCAACCAUCGGAGCAAAUAAUCGGCGAUCAUGCCGGGAGUGGAAGCAGCGACGGACAACAACCGGGAGUCUUUAUGAUCGGACGUACAGUUUCCGUCGACAAUAUUAUCGAGCAGUCGUCGAAUGACUGGAGAGGUAUGUCUGACCCUGAUCUUUUCAAUCCUAAUCUUCUCAACGUGGACAUAAGACGAAAGUCUUUUCAUGUGACUUCGUCACCGAGUCUUCCAACAGACAUGGACAUCGUUGGACGAUACCCUAAUCAACCAUCACACGGAAGUAACACUAUUGAAAAUGAUCAACCACCAGAUGACUAUCCAGAGGUGUGGGAAGUGUCAGACCAAGACUCCAUCGUUGACCUUCCGCCACCCCCACCACCGUUGUUAGAGACACUUGGUGCACCGCAAAGGAAAGAUUUGGGUUGUUCGCAAGCAUCUCCGUAUCACUCUGAGUUGCCUAGACAGUCAGGGUCACAAAAAGCACGGGAAAUGAGCAGUCAGUUGAGCUGCAAUAUCGAUCAACCUGGUGUGAAUGAAGAUGGGAUAAACGGAAAAAUGGACCAAGCAGGUGUUACUGUCUCUAAGAGCAACAACUUCCUCGACCUGCCUGAUUGGUUUACAGAAGACUACAUCCCGAGACUUCAGUCUCUCGAAGGAAGACGCGGUCGUGUUAGCAGAGAGAAGACUUCACUUGAUGCGGUUCGUUCUCACGGUCGUAUACCACGUGUCUCUCCCAUUGAACGAGAUGUAGCUCAGCACGGUCAAGGCGUCGACUUUGUCACUUCAACUGAUCCGGAUGAGAAGUUACCAGUGUCACCCGGUGCUCAAAGCCACGGCUAUGUGAACGAUAUAAACCAAGGAGGCACGUUGCUGAACACCAGCAUGGACAGUUUGGCUCUGAUGUCGACGGUCGGGAGUGAGUACAGCGUUCGUGGUGAUGUUAAACGGAUCGCCAGUUGGGCUCUCAGCCUCACUCGUUUGCUAAAGGAUCCGGAAGGCGUGGCAUGUCUCACGGAGUUUAUGAGAUCGGAACACAGCGACGAGAACUUGUCAUUUUGGCUACAGUGUCAGGAAUUUGCCGAAUUGCGGGAGUCUGGAGCGUUGCAGGCAGAAGCUCAAAUGAUCUAUGAUGAGUUUUUGUCCGAGAGUGCACCCACUCCAGUCAACAUUGAUUUCCACACGAUUCACCAGGUGGCUGCAAGCCUCAAUUGUCCUCACAAGGAUAUGUUUGCGAAGGCUCAGCGCGAGGUAUUCAGACUCAUGAAAAUGGACUGUCAUCCUCGCUUCAUUCGUUCGACUCUAUAUCAGCAGUGCGUAGUGGCUGAGAUGGAAAACUUACCCUUGCCAAUUGAUCCUCUAUCGCCGAAGGCAAAGGUCAAGGUUCAACUGAGAUCCUCGUCAUUUCAGUGCACUAGCAGAACGCAAGGAGCCGACGAACCCGCUCAAACAAAAUCGAGCUUGUCUAUUUCAUCCGGUUAUGGCUCACAGACUGAAGAACGCAAGAAGAAGGAGAAAGAGAAGAAGAGGAGAGGCAUCUUUUGGGGCAUACGAAGGAAGGUAAAGUCACAGUCGGCUGAAGAAUUGGAUGGACAUGUUGGAGAUCGUAACAGUGCUGCGGUCGUCCUGAGCGAAGAAGGACGAUUGGAUGAGUUCAAGCAGUUGGCCGAUGUUAGUGGAGGUUCAAAUGAGCAGAUGUUUCGUGUCAUCUUGCCGGACAGCUCGUCGACGAUUGUGAUGGCGAAGCAUGGCAGGACAGUGAAGGAGGCGUUGCAGAAGUUGUUUGAUAGGAGGAAGUUGGAGUUUGAGUUGCUCGAUGUUGUGAUACAGAGCAACGGCGAGGUCGUCCCAUAUGAAGCUCCUGUUUCAUGCCUUCACAACAAAGAAGUUCGUCUUCAGAGCGCAGGAUUGACUUUCAAAGCACUGUUUGCUGAUAAUGUUCACAUAACAGUCAAAGUAAACAAAAAGAAAACGAUCCGAGACGUUCUGAGUGGUGUGAUGACUCAGAGAGGAUUGGAUAUCGACUGCCACGUUGUUCACCUGGAUAACUGUCCCGUUCCAUUACAACUCGACAUUUCAUCAACUCUUCUCGUAAACCAGACCGUCCUGAUCAAACCCACAGCACAGAUAACGCGCGAAAUCUACGAGAACGAAUCGAGCGCGUCGCCGGACAGAGGAUACCAAAGCGAACGUCCGUCGUCAUCGCUAUCGAUGCAGUCGGAGCAGUCGAACGCGUUGAAAGUCAAGACGCGCAACUUUCAACAGGCGCAUCUCGAUCUGAAGGCGACAAAGUCGGCGCCGACGAGGUCGGCGAGCGACGACGCGGUGACGGACGGCGAGCUGACGACGUGUCUGCCGUCGAGUCCGCGCGGCAGGAAGCGGGAAGACGAGGUGAAGAAGAUGCGAAAGAGUGGGAGAAAGAAGAAGGAUGAUGCGAGAGUCAGCACGGAAGUGGCGAGCCGUGGUUUGAUGCCGGCACCAUCAACAGACGAUUUGAUUACGUUGUUGAAUCGGAUACAGUGUGAUCGGCUCGACGAUCAGCGCACCGGUUUGCCGUCGCCCGAUCCGUUACCGGAUCUUCUCAUACAACGCACCCAAUCACAAUCGGACGUCCUCGACGGCGGCGCCGACCGACCGCCGUUGUUGCCGCGGAGCGACAGCAAUGAAAGCCGCCGGAGUCUCACACUGCCCGUUACCGUGAACGAAAUGCGGCAGCUCACGCCGCCAUUUGGCGACGACGGAAUUUCGCACGGUCGACGCUCUCCGAACGUCGCGGCGGACAGGAAAUGGGUGGGUAACGGCGGCGCCAACGAUCAGUCGCUGUCGGUUCCCGAUCUCUGCCCGGUCGACGACCCGACGUUCGCAUGUCCGCCCGACAUCACCGACGUCGACGUCGGCGACGGCGCGGUCACGCGACGGGCUGCAUAUGCGCGGUCGCGACGAAAAGAGCGCGAGCCGGUGACGAGCACGCCUACCAGGGAUGCCGCGCUGCGUGGCAGCCAGAGGUUCGGCGACGUUUCUACGAGGCAAGAGCGACGUAGAGUCGAAAGGAGCUUGAUGAUUACCCAGCAUCCUAUCGGUCGGUAUCAACUGUCGCAUGAACAGCGGAGGGAGUCGAAACGACGAGACAGAUUGGUCGGUCAGAAGUUGCACGAUGCCAGUGGCAUGAGCGAGACGAGUGUCACAUUCGUAUAGAUGUUUAUUUACGUCAAGUACAUGAGUUCUAUUACCUCUAGUCAGGAGGAUGCGCGCGGACGCACGUAGACCGUCCGUUUGUGACUGCCGGAGGUGUUAUGUCAUAACUGGAUAUCCUUAUAAAUGCAUGAUGAAUCGACAUUUUUCUUACGAAAAUUAUUUUCUCAGGUUGUAAUUCACGAAAUAUAAUCAUGAUGUA